GCUGUAGUCGCCUAGCUAUGACGUAUUUAUGAAAGUCCUCUAGUUUUAAUAUCUUUUAAUGAAGCGUUGCCGCCUGUGUUGCGAAACUUUGAAGUUAUCUUCACUUAUAUUCCGUAGCCUGUGGGAGUAAAUAGUGGCGUGUCGCAUAAUUAUGGCGUCACACAUGAAAGUCCUCUAUACGGUGCAUGCUGGAGCAGUAGUAGGGAGGGCAGUCAGUCAGUGCCAUGUAUCAGUGCAGAACACUAAACCGUUCCCUGUUCCUUUUCACCAGGGCACAGACUUUACAGGGGACUCACAGAUGGGCACACAGACUAUUCAGCGGCAGUGCUUGUGCACUCAAAGAUAAUGAUUUCUUCAAAGAUUUGGAUAGAUCGUUGGUAAACUUCCAUAAUAAACUCAAGGAAGCGCUGCCCACUAGUAAUUGGAGUCCGUUACCACCGACGGGACAUCUUCCUCCUGAGAGGGCUGAUGUUGUAAUAGUGGGAGGAGGAGUCUUGGGCUGGUCUGUUGCUUACUGGCUAAAGCAGAAGUCUAGGAGGGACGCACUGAGAGUGGUUGUGGUAGAGAGAGAUCCAACGUACUGUCGCGCCUCAACAGUUCUAUCAGCGGGAGGGAUCCGUCAGCAAUUCUCCUUGCCAGAAAAUAUCCUGAUGUCACUAUAUUCAGCUCAGUUCUUGCGCACUAUAAAUGAACACUUGGGUGUUGCUAAUGAAGAUCCUAUAGACAUUCAGUAUAACCCUUCAGGGUAUCUGUUCUUGGCAAGCCAGGAUGGUGCAACCACACUAGAGCAAAAUUACAAAAUUCAGAGAGAAAUAGGUGCCCAAGUAUCUCUUAUGUCACCAGAACAACUGAAGAAGAAGUUCCCAUGGGUUAAUACAGACGGCGUGGCGCUGGCAUCUUAUGGUCUAGAAAAUGAAGGUUGGCUGGACCCCUGGUCUCUACUUAAUGCUUUCCGACGCAAAGCUCUUUCUAUGGGGGUGUAUGUUUGCCACGGAGAGGUGACAGGAUUCACUGAAAAGACGCGAGACAUGGUGACAGAUGAUGGGGACCCGGUGACCUUCAGGAGAAUCAGGCAGGUUAUUGUACAAGUGCCAAAAAGUCUGGAGACGCAGUACGUGGAGUGUGCGCUGGUGAUUAAUGCUGCUGGUGCUUGGUCUGGUAAAGUAGCUGAGAUGGCCAAAAUCGGCAUAGGGCAUCCAGAUUCUCUUGAAGGAGUGAAACUUCCCAUAGAGCCCAGGAAGAGGUACAUCUAUGUGUUUCACUGUCCUGAUGGUCCUGGCCUGGACUGCCCACUGCUGAUUGACAGCUCAGGGGCCUACUUUAGAAGAGACGGUCUGGGAGGCAACUACAUUGGUGGACUGUCCCCUUCUGAGGAUGAAGAACCCGAUGUUGAAAACCUGGAAGUGGAUUAUGACUUCUUUCAUCAGAAAGUUUGGCCCCUUUUAGCUCAUCGUGUGCCAACUUUUGAGUGCCUUAAAGUAAAGACAGGUUGGGCUGGCUAUUAUGACUACAACACAUUUGACCAGAAUGGCGUGUUGGGAAUGCACCCACUUGUCAACAAUAUGUUCUUUGCAUGCGGGUUCAGCGGACAUGGUUUACAACAUUCACCGGCUGUGGGGCGUGCAAUAGCCGAGCUUAUUGUUGAUACCCGUUUCACAACUUUGGACCUCAGCUCAUUAUCCUUCCAGCGAUUCUGCACUGGGGAACCACUUCUCGAGAAAAACAUUGUGUGAGGUGCAAACUUAACGACUGACAGAGAUGCUAAAGCAUUCUAUGUGUCUGGGUCAGGACUACAGAUUUUCCCGUCAAAGACUUGCUGUUAUGGGAAUCAUCUUAAAAAUGUGUAUCUGCUAUCCUAGCACCAAUAUGCAAUGUCAGAAGAGCAUCACAGGCGUUACUAAAGUCAUCACAGUGGUCUGUGCAGAUUCAAACACUUUUACAUUAAGUAACACAAAUAUUAAUGAAUAUUUUCUCUGUACUAAGACCUCCUCUGUCAAAAAAAAACCUAAAAAAAUAUGAUCUAUAUUACAAAGAAAAUUUAAUUGAGAGCAUAGCCCAGCAAUGAGCUAAAAACACGGUUUUAUUCUAAUCCAACAGAAUUCCCAUAUGGCAGCUCAUGAUUUUUUUAAUGAAUUAAAGCCCAGGAUCAAAACGUAGUCUUAAAAACAGAGGCACUUUAAUUCUAAAUAGUUUACAAACACGUUCAUUUUUUAACAUACCUUUGUGUUAUGAUAAACAUAACGCUGAUCCUUCGCCGGCAGCUGCUGCUUUCUUUAGCAGAUCGAAAACAAAUUCGGCUUCCUCCAGUCAUUGUGUGCCCCCUUUGGCAUCCAGCUCGUGAGGCACGCAAUGAUUGGAGGAAGCCGGAUCCUCAUUUAUAUGCUAAUGAAGCAGCAGAUGCAGGUGGAGGAUCAGCAUUAUGUUAACUGUAAUGCAAUGGUACGUAUUUUAAAAAAUAAGCGUCUAUGUAAAUUUUAAUAAAUUAAAAUGCCCCUGUUUUUAAGAUUUUUUUUUUUUUUAUCCUUUCAUCAUUCUCAUUUUCCAGUGCAUUAAAAAAAGUUGAUAUUUGAAUGAGUGCGAACACAAAAAACAAAUAGAGCUAUCGCAAGCAUUUGCAUGGAUUUUUACAGACCUUUAGGGAAGGAAAAUAUAGGCAGACAGAUUAAAACAAGAUGGCUUAUUGAUUUAGUAUAAUUGAAUGUUUUUUUUAAAAAAAAAUCCCCUAGCAAAUAUCAUGAACAACUUUUAUAUCAUGUUGAGUCAUUUUAAAUUUAACUUUUUUUUUUUUUUUGCAUUCAUAAAUAAACAUUUUCAUGAUUAUUA